CUGUCCUUUCCACUGCCAAGCGGGUGGCGGGUGGCGGGCGGGCGCCCUUUUGAUCGCAGGUAUAUAGCGCUCGCUGCGAGGAAAGCGAGCCGAGCCGUUCUGGAGAGGCAAUGCAGCUGAGUCAGCCGAAGGGAAGCGCAGGGCUUUCGGCGGCAAUUCCAGCGGAGAGAAGUAGCCGAUUUCAGCGGACAUCCACCUGGGACACCGUCCGUCCCUCCCUCGGAGAGCUGCCCUCUUCUGUCUCCAGGGAUCGGUCGGUGCGAAGUCUUGUUUUCUUAAUACUCGGAUUCUUCCUUGGUCUAGUAGUCUUUCAUCUCGGAAAUACAUCAGAGUACCAGCACAUUUGACCUUGGUCCAGCUGUUCUAGAGAAAAGGAUCUGCUACUAAGAAUAUCUCAAGCCCCCUAGAUACUCAUCCCAGUGCCCUGCAUGCUACAGGAAACUUUGUGAUUUAGAGUCACCACAAAGCAAAUAAAAAAAAUAUGAAAACAAAUCCUGUCAUCCAAGCUGCCAUUGACCUCACAGCUGGGGCUGUAGGAGGUACUGCCUGCGUGAUAACCGGUCAACCAUUUGACACUGCAAAGGUGAAAAUGCAGACGUUUCCCACCAUGUACCAAGGGCUUGUGGACUGUUUUGUGAAGACCUACAAGCAAGUAGGGUUCCGUGGCUUCUACAAGGGGACCACCCCUGCACUUGUGGCAAACAUUGCUGAAAAUGCUGUGCUCUUUAUGUGUUAUGGCUUUUGCCAAAAUAUCGUGAGGAAAAUUGCUGGCCUAGAAAGGAAAGCAAAGCUGAGCGACCUUCAAAAUGCAGUGGCUGGCUCCUUUGCUUCUGCCUUUGCCACUUUGGCCCUCUGCCCUACAGAGCUUGUGAAGUGCCGCCUGCAGGCCAUGCACGAAAUGCAAUUAUCUGGGAAGAUAGUGCAACAGCACAAUACAGUUUGGUCAGUAAUCAAAAGUGUACUGCAAAAGGACGGCCCCCUUGGCUUCUAUCGUGGUUGGUUCAGCACUUUGCUACGUGAAAUUCCAGGCUACUUUUUAUUCUUUGGAGUCUACGAACUGAGCCGGACCUUUUUGGCAUUUGGAAAACCAAAAGAGGAAUUGGGUCCGGUUGCAUUGAUGCUCAGUGGUGGCUUUGGUGGCAUGUGUCUCUGGAUUGCUGUUUACCCAGUGGACUGCAUCAAAUCUAGGAUUCAAGUUCUUUCCAUGGCAGGAAAACAAACUGGCUUUAUGAGAACUUUUGCAAGUGUUGUCAAGAAUGAAGGUGUGUUUGCUUUGUACUCUGGACUGAAACCUACUAUGAUCCGCGCAUUCCCAGCCAACGGUGCCCUGUUCCUUGCCUAUGAACACAGCCGUAAACUGAUGAUGAACCAGUUUGAUAGCUAGAACUUUUAUCACAGACUGACAUCAUUAGACUAAGUGUGGUCACCACAGUAAUUGUCCAACUGUGAGCGACAGAUUUUAAAAUGUGAAAUAAGAGUGAAAUCACUGCAUUUUUAAAAAAAAAAUGAUUUCAGUAAAAAUGCUGUAUUUUCUAAAUGUUGUGUGCUUUGUGAAUUUACACAUCUAGAUCAGCACUGAUACUACAUGAUCUUAUAAGGGAUUUUAAUUACUCACUUCUAUAGAAAUGUUAGUCAUGGGGCUUUAAAAAAGAAUAUGCGGCAAUAUCAGUUAACUAUUAGCUUGCAACAUAGUGACUGCAUUAUAGAAGUAACUUAAUAUGCUGGGAAGCUGAGCAGGAGGUGCAUUGCAGAGUAUUUUUUAUAAUGUCCCACAUUAGUUAAUUUGUAUACUAUUCUACUUACCGGUUACUUGAUUCUCACACAUCAGAGAGCAUUGGAAAGCACAUUACACAUAAAUAGACUUCUAAAAAAAUCACUUGUAAUCCGGUACCCAAUAUUUCUUUAUAAUGUUCCGUGUUCCCAGAAUACAGUGCCCUUUGUUCUGAAACUGUUAAUUAGAGAAAUUAGAAUUUUUUUUUCAUUCUCUAACGACAUACAAUCUACACAAGUCUAAGCAUUUCUUUUAAAAGUAAAAGGUAUUAAUAUCA